CCGAUCGUGAGGCAAGGCAGUGGUGGUGGUUGUCGCCGGUCAGCUGUGUUGUGGGGGACAAGAUGGUUGCCACCAGACUUGUGCCCUUAUUACGCACUGCGGUCCUCCCUUCCUUACGGCGGGGACUGCAUACAUCCUCCUCUAGGUCUUCAGGCGCUGUAUGGACAUACCGGACUGCCCCCGCCGCGCCCUCCAAGACGGUCACCAGGAGGGCGGAGAUCGUGAGUUCAAUCAUGUGGUGGUGGAUCCUGUACCACUUCAUGACGGAUUAUGAGCACAUCACGGGAGAAUUUGCCUACCCUGACCCUUCCCUAUGGACUGAUGAGGAGCUUGGCAUCCCCCCUGAUGAUGAAGACUAAGGCCGGACGUCACUGCCUUACCUUCCCUCUGGGUGACCCGGUGACACUAAGCACGGUUCACACCAGAUGGAAUGGUGUCGGCUCCUUAGGGGUGUGUUUAUAGUUGUAAAGUUUUGAUUCAAAGGUAAUAUAAUGAUUAUUUCCUUGGUUAGGGAGACACUGUUGUUGAGUCACACUGUUCUUACAUUCAGAACCCCAGACUAAAGAUAUCUUUCUUUAUUGAACUCUGUCUCUAAAAAGUAGCUUGACGAAAUGUAUGUUGUAGUGAGAGUUCAAUUUUGUAUGCUUAAAUUAUGAGUGAAUGGCCCAAGACUUUGAACUUGUGUAAAUAAAAGUCUCUAUAUUA